GGCUCUCCGAGGACGCCGAGGCUGAGCAGCUGGGAGCGCGGCGGUCGGUGGUUCCGCAGCUGCUGCCCCAGUCGGCUCCUGUUUCCCUGCGGAGGCAAGGGAGACCAGAGGAGGAAGAGCGGCCGGGGAGCUGCCUUACUUCCCGCUUUUGGCUGGCCUGGCUCGUUCUUGCAGGGGAAAGAAAAAUAUUCGGGGAUAGAAAGCGCUGCCUCAGCCGCAAUAUCCAGGGCACAGGGACCACUGGAAGUACUCCUUGUAUGAGGCAGCGCAGGUUGGUUCUUUAGGCCUCUGUGCUUCCCUUGGUUGGAGGAAGCAUUCCUUUUCGUCGGCAAAAGUUACUGUAAUAAAAAGUACUAUCCAGUGAUCCUGAUGAAUUUUUUCCACUUUACUACAAGAAGGUUGGUUUCUCAAGUAUAUUGUGGACUUAAACCGGCAUCUUCCAAGAAACAAUUGACCUGCUUUGAAAUGGCAAGACCCAGUUCAAAUAUGGCUGAUUUCCGAGAAAUAUUUGCAAAAGCAAAGCACAUAGCUAUUAUUACAGGGGCUGGUGUCAGUGCAGAGAGUGGUGUUCCAACCUUUCGAGGUGCAGGGGGCUACUGGAGAAAAUGGCAAGCUCAGGAAUUGGCUACUCCAGAGGCUUUUGCAAGGAACCCCUCAAGGGUGUGGGAAUUUUACCAUUACCGGAGGGAGCUUAUGAUGACUAAACAUCCAAACCCAGCACACAUUGCCAUAGCAGAGUGUGAGAUGAGACUGAACAAGCAAGGCAGGAGUGUUGUGGUCAUCACACAGAACAUUGAUGAACUCCACAGGAAAGCAGGAACAACACACCUUUUAGAAAUUCAUGGUAGCCUAUUUAAAACCCGAUGCACCAGUUGUGGAAAUGUGACAGCAAACUACAAGAGUCCAAUUUGUCCUGCUCUGGCUGGAAAAGGCGCUCCAGAUCCUGAUGCAGAAGAUAGCAAGAUUCCUGUGGAAGAUCUUCCUCGGUGCGAAGAAUGCAGUGGCCUCUUGCGUCCUCAUGUUGUGUGGUUUGGAGAAACUUUGAAUUCUGAUAAUCUUACUGAAGUUGAAAAAGAACUUGAGAUUUGUGAUCUUUGUUUAGUAGUUGGAACCUCUUCUAUAGUAUAUCCUGCUGCCAUGUUUGCUCCUCAGGUAUCUGCCAGAGGAGUGCCAGUUGCAGAAUUCAAUAUGCAAAGUACUCCAGCCACAGACAGAUUCAGGUUUCAUUUCCCAGGCCCCUGUGGUACCACAUUGCCCCCAGCACUUGCUCGCCAUGAAACUGAGAUCAUCUCAUGAACACUUACCAGACACACAGAGGAAAAAUAUAAUUGCUAAUAUCUGAAGGGGCAAGCACAAGAAGAACUUUAAACUUGCUGAAAACGCUUUGCCUGUAAUUGAGCAGUGAGCUCCAAGGAUGACAAUGAACAAAAUAAAUCAUGGGUUUUUUGAUUGAUUUCAAGAAUGAGCAGAGGAAAAGUAUUAUCAUGGACUGGGAUGCUUGAAAAGCAGUUACAUUUUUCUUGGACUAAAAUGUUACAUGCAAUGACAAUAUAAACUGUUCAUUCAAAUGCGGUGACAAAGGGAACAUUCAUGCUCCCGAGUAUCAGGCUUGAUUUGUGGUGAUUCUUAAAUAUGAACUUCACUAUAGCUGUAUGCUUCACAAAAUAGUUUUAUACAACAGGUGUUAAAUUCAUUAAUAUGGAAGACUAAGUAAGCAAAUAGACGAUGACAGCUUUUAACGUAGCAUACACAGCUGUAUUUUUUUUUGCAGGAAAUCAAUAAAGCAAGGUGGUUUUCUCAUGAGACAUUGCACUUUCCAAAAA